AUGAGUGACUACGAAAGUAACGAUAAGAAGCAAGAAGACGACGCAAGUAGUGUGCAUCAAUCCGAUGAGAAGAAAGUUGAGCUUGAUGAUAAUAACAAUAAAAAAGAUGAGAAGGAGGACGGUGGUGAUAAGCAGUUGCAGACUUGUCGACUAACGCCGGCUCCCCUUCAGGCAGACAAUAAAGAUAUCUUAGAAGACGAAGCUACAUACAAAAUUCUUCAAUCAUUGCCAUUUUACCACGGAUUCCUUCCAAGAGAGGAUUUGCGAUCGCUUCUCCGCAACGACGGCGAUUAUUUGCUGCGCGUCAGCGAGGUUACGCUUCCAUCGAAAAAAGAAGCCGAAAAGGAGGCGCCGGCGAUCAAACGCGAUUUGAUAUUGUCGGUUUACGAGAACGUGCCGGCCCAACAAAUUUCCGACAAUCCGGAAAAUGUCGGAAAAGCGAACGGUCAGAAUUUCGAGGGAAAAAUGAGAAACAUGGUGGUUCGACGUUACGGCGGAAAAUUCGCCAUCGAGUCCAACCUUCCAUUCGACAGCAUCACCGAAUUGCUCGCAUUCUACAAUUAUUCGAACACAUCGGAAAAUAAAAAGAAUCGCUUCCUCAAGAAUCCCAUCAAACUGCACAGUUGGGAGUAUCGACAUACGGACAUCGCGCUCGGUCAGCUGCUCGGCGAAGGCGCCUACGGCGAAGUGCGCACCGGCAUUCUCAAGCGAAAAAACAAGGAGGUCGAGGUGGCGGUGAAGCUGAUGAAAGGCACCGCCGAUUUGAACAAGGUCAAAAUCCGAGAGAUGAUGAAAGAGGCCCGCCUCAUGCGAGCCUUCAAACACAAGAAUGUCGUUCGAUUCUAUGGGGUCGCCGUCGAUGAGCAGCCGUUGUACAUCAUUCUUGAGCUCGUUCGUGGCGGUGCUCUCAACACCUAUCUGCAAAAGAACAAGAAGGUGACGACGGUGGAGCUUAUGAAUAUGUGUCUAGGUGCUGCUCUUGGCCUACAAUACCUUCAUGCGAACAAUUGCAUUCAUCGAGACAUCGCUGCGAGAAAUUGCCUUUAUUCCAAUGAUAAAGUCGUCAAGCUUUCGGAUUUUGGAUUGUCGCGAAUCGGAAAUUCGUAUAAAUUGUGCACUUCGCAAAAAUUGCCGAUUAAAUGGCUCGCCGCCGAAACCAUUACCACUCUAUUUUUCACGUUCAAAACCGACGUCUAUAGCUAUGGAGUGAUGUGCUUCGAGAUAUUCUCGGAAGGCGAAGAGCCGUGGGAUGGCAUCACCAACACGGAGGCCAAACGAAACGUGGUGUCGGGAAAACACUUGACGAUUCCCGACACGUGUCCGGAGAAAUUCCGCACGUUCAUCUAUGAGAAGAUUUAUGUGAAGGAUCCGAAGCGACGAGUCACAAUGGACGAUGUCGCUCGAUUCAUUGAGCCGAUCAUCAACGAGCUGACGAACUCGCAACGAUCGGAGAAGCGUUUCGACAAGAGCGACGGCCGAUCGACGAUUAUCUCGACGGUCUCGGCGAUGGGCAGCUCGUCGAACAAAUCGCGAACGGCGAAGCGAACCGACACGAAGAAGAGGAAGAACAAGAGGGAAAAGACGGCGCGACGAUCGUCGCAUCCGGGCAAUCACAGCAUGAUCGAAAAAUAG